AUGGCCGCUCCCAAGACAUUGCCCACCCGUCCACUCGGCCGAAAUGGUCCACUGGUUCCUCGCCUCGGUCUGGGCCUCAUGGGUGCCAGUGGCAUAUAUGGAAACUCUCUCUCAGACACAGAGAAACUGGAGUUUCUAGAUGCGGCGUAUGAGAGAGGCGAACGAUUUUGGGAUACAGCCGAUGAGUAUGGCGAUUCAGAAGACAUUCUGGGCAAAUGGUUUGUCGCCAACCCCGAAAAGCGCCAGGACAUAUUCCUUGCUACGAAAUUUGGCAUUCAGCAUACUGCCACGCGGCCGGGCUUCACCGUGAACUCGACGCCUGAAUAUUGUCGUACCGCCAUCGAUUCCUCCCUCAAGAGACUUGGACUCCCCUUCGUUGAUCUGUAUUACAUCCAUCGCUUGGACAAAGUCACGCCCGUCGAAAAGACCAUGCAAGCAAUGGUAGAGCUCAAGGAAGCCGGCAAGAUCAAGUAUAUCGGGCUGAGCGAGUGCAGCGCGGAAUCCUUGCGUCGCGCGCAUACUGUUAACCCAAUUACAUGUGUGCAAGUGGAGUACAGCCUCUUUUGCACGGAGAUUGAAUCAUCGCAGCGAAGGCUGCUUGGGACUGCACGAGAGCUGGGUGUCGCGAUUGUAUGUUACAGUCCGCUUGGAAACGGGAUCUUGACUGGGAGUCUCCGUUCGCAGGAGGAUAUCAGCAAGCGUGGUGAUCUGCGCGUGCAUCUACCAUGGCUCCACAAAGAGAAUUUGGAGACCAAUAUGGUUCUUAUUGAUGAGAUAGCUGCUUUUGCCAGGGCGAAGAGAAUUACGAUGCCGCAGCUUGCUCUUGCUUGGUUGCUUUCCCAAGGAGAUGACAUUUUUCCCAUCCCUGGCUCAUCAAAGAGUCAGCGUAUGAUGGAAAAUUUGGAGAGCGUCUUCAUAUCCUUGUCCGGGGAAGAGGAGGACCAUAUUCGUAAAUUGGGUGAGAAAGUUGUUGGUGGUCGCUUUCAGGCUGCGACUGGAUAUGCCUUUGCGGAUACGCCGGCUUUGGAGUAA